AUGCCUCCGCUCCGCCGCCCCGCCUCCGGCUACCACGGCGUUCGGGCGCGGCCGAGCGGCCGGUUCGACGCGGAAAUCCGCUCCGGCGACGAGCGGAUCCGCCUCGGCACGUUUGACACGGCGCACGAGGCGGCGCGGGCGUACGACGCCAUCGCCUGGCGGCUCGGCCGCUCCCGCCGGACCAUGAAUUUUCAUGAUGUCUGGACGCGGGAGCAGGCGGAGAUGCUCGCGCCGUCGCCGCCGGCCAUCACACGCGAGCAGCAGCGCCGCCAACGGGAGCUGGAGCAGCGCCUCCUCAUCGCCGAGCGCGACAAGGCCCUCCGCCUCGAGUGGGCGCGCCGAUUCCCGGAAGACGUCACCGCCACGGAAGCCUUCUACGCGCAGAAGGAGGAGGAGAAGGCGGCGGCGAAGUCGAAGAAGAAAGCCAGCCGCGACAAGCGCCACGCCGAGUCCACGUUUGCGCCGUGCCGCGCGCUGCAAAAUAGAGCCUCCGGCGGAGGUGCUUUUUUCCGCACCAGCGUGCGCUGCAAAAUGGAGCAUCCGGCGGGGGAAAAUUCGGUAUCACGCGCGCCAGCGGUUUACAGCGCGGCGAAACGGAGGUUUAGCGCGCCGGCUUUUUGUGCGCCCAUUGGAGAUGCUCUCAUGCCCAUGAAUGAUGAGGCUAUAAUGCUGGUUUAA